GGAGUCUGUCGGGCCAUGUCGGCGGCGGAGGGCGGCUGGGACGGGAAUCGGCGGCGGGGGGGCGCUGGAGGCCGCGGCUCGGGCGGAGGGGGCAGCGGGGACGGGCCCGGGGCGGCGCCGGCCGGGGGGCUCCUCAACCGCUUCGUCCAGCUGCCGGGCAGGCCCCACCUGGCAGGCUCUAAGAAGAAAAUACGAUUGGUCCUAAUUAGACGUUUCCCUCGAUCUCGUCCCAUCCUAAAGGUCCGUAAGAGGUCUUUCAGAGCAGGCCACCGAGCCCCACCAGCAAGGAGUGGCCAUCGUUGUGUAGCAGAUAACGCCAACCUGUACGUGUUCGGAGGGUAUAACCCGGACUACGAUGAGUCUGGCGGGCCAGAGAAUGAAGAUUACCCUCUCUUCAGGGAACUUUGGCGAUAUAAUUUUGCUACAGGCGCAUGGCACCAAAUGGGCACCGAGGGCUAUAUGCCUAGAGAACUAGCAUCCAUGUCACUUGUGUUGCAUGGGAACAACCUGUUGGUAUUUGGCGGCACCGGGAUCCCAUUUGGGGAGAGCAACGGGAACGACGUCCACGUCUGCAAUGUGAAGUACAAGCGAUGGGCCCUGCUCAGCUGCCGAGGGAAGAAACCCAAUCGAAUAUAUGGACAGGCUAUGGCUAUCAUUAAUGGAUCCCUGUAUGUUUUUGGAGGAACAACGGGUUACAUUUAUAGCACAGAUCUACAUAAAUUAGACCUUAACACUAGGGAAUGGAUACAACUGAAACCAAACAACAUGCACUGUGACAUGCCAGAGGAGAGGUACAGACAUGAAAUUGCACAUGAUGGGCAGAGGAUUUAUAUCUUGGGAGGUGGAACUUCCUGGACCGCUUAUUCCUUGGAUAAGAUCCAUGCAUACAACCUUGAAACAAACACAUGGGAGGAAAUUGCAACGAGACCUCAUGAGAAAAUAGGUUUCCCAGCAGCCAGAAGAUGCCACAGUUGUGUACAAAUAAAAAAUGAUGUGUUUGUCUGUGGGGGAUAUAAUGGAGAAGUGAUAUUGGGAGACAUCUGGAAGCUAAAUCUUCGAACUUUCCAGUGGGUGAAACUCCCAGCUGUCAUGCCUGAACCCGUUUAUUUUCACUGUGCUGCUGUCACACCAGCUGGCUGCAUGUACGUCCAUGGAGGUGUGGUCAACAUCCACGAAAACAAACGGACUGGCUCCUUAUUUAAGAUGUGGCUAGUAGUCCCCAGCCUUCUGGAACUGUCAUGGGAGAAGCUGUUGGGAUUCUUCCCUCAUCUAGCAACUCUCUCCAGAUCGCAGCUUUUGCACCUUGGCCUCACUCAGGGACUCAUUGAGCGACUGAAAUGAGAACUCCUCGCUGUUCUCACUCUGCCCUACAAACACUAAAGAGACACCCCCGCCCUUUAUGGAUGCUGCUGCUAAGGAGACGGGAGGACCCUGCUCUCAGCGCCUUACUCAGCAAAUACAGCCUUUCUGUGAAUGUUUAUUUGGUGUUUAUGGAAAUCAGCUUUUUAUUUAUGGAUCUCUCUAAAUACAUCAGGAACGAAGACGCUGUUCAGAACUUGUUCAUAACGUACAGCCAACAACCUGCUGUUAGCACAUGGCUGUAGCCUAAUAAAUGCAGGGAAGGGGCUUAGAAAUUGUGGCAGCUCCUGCUUACAUAUGGUGUUUAACUUAUUGUUUCUAAAGAUGCAUUUAACUGAGUAGGAGAUGCUAACUGCACCAAUUCAACCACGUGCUGAAUGAACAGUCCAAUUCCCCUUUGCUCACAGCAGCAUCCAUCCUCUGAAUGCCCAAAUUGGCUCUGCCUCUGUAUAGCAUUCGCUGCCUGAAGACUUGCAUGUGUGUUGUGGGCAUGUGAUCAUUGUCUUUGAGUUCUGGGAGAAGGCUAGCACGUGGGAGCAGCAAACGAAGAUUGCCAGCACUGUUUAAAAUUUUGGUGCAGGGUGGCGUGGUUUUAAGCAACAGUGUAAUUGUUUCUCACCUUUUUCAUAUUGAAACGUCUGCCUGGAAGGGUGGUUAAAAAUCACUGCUUAUGGACUACUGUGUAGUUUUCUCUAAACAGGUGGUGGGAAGGGGCAGUGUGUUAUGCUGCAUCUUCCCCUUUCUGCCCAUGUUGCACUCUGAAAACGCGAACUGAGGAAACUUACUAUAUCAAUUUUAAAACUGUCUUUAACCUUAAGUAUGUCAUGCCCUCUGUAUUCAGGGUCUAGUCCAUCUGUGCCAACUCAACAUUAGUUACCUAAACAUAACUUGGUAGCCUGUUUGUUUUUUCUCUCAGGCAUUGGAAUUUUCUCUGACUUGCCUGUCCAAUGCUUUGUUUUAUUUCUUGUGUGUGGCUUUUUUUUUAAACUUCUGUGGACAGUUGCUUCUGGGGAGUUGCAAAAUUAAGAGCUCAUUUUUUCAGUAUUGUCUCUUGCCUUGCUGUGAAUGCUGUUCGCCUUUCUACAAAAGCGGGAAAGGAAGAAAUGUCGAUUUCCUGUGUCUCCUUCUCUUCGUGCUCCAUGUCACUGUGAAACCAGCUCGAGAGAAUGUACAGAACAGGCCAUCAAAUGUGGAGCAGCUGAACUAGGCUGAGACGUUGGGUUUGAACAAAACAAUUGUAUUUCAAAGACCAUUUUUGUUAAGUGCCUUUUUUAGUAGUUUUUCCAAAUAACUCUCUCCCUCUAAUGUCUAAUGCCAAUUUUAGAGGUUCUCUUUUCUUUUAAGAGAUCGCAGUAGUGUUCAAUAAAUCCCAAUAGCAAACCCCACAAAAUGGAUCUGAAGGCUGAUGAGUCUCUGCGGCUACUUUGUGCUCCCAGCUCAGUAACUACCUAAUAUCUGUUGUGUUGUAAGGUUCCCUAAGUUUCUUUUGCAGAUUCCCCUGCCCUAUCAUUUGGGUUAGUAUUUUACCAUAAUUUAGCUUCUUCCUUUCAUGGCCUCAGCGAAAUAAGGGAUGUGGCAGCUUUUCAAAUAAACGUCUUUCAGUGCCUUGUAAUUCAAAUCCUGUUUGUUUGCUCUGUGCUUUUAAUGCUGUUAACCAUGCUGCCUCAGGCCCCCUUCAGUGCAGUUUAGCAGGAUGCUCUCAGCUGCAAGGAGAAGCUAGAUGUCUUCUGAGCCUGCAGGAUGGCUGAUAUCCAUGCAGAGACCUGCUUAAGACCCCCAUGUGGUUUCUCCUUAUACCCGGGUGGGAGAGUGCUAGCAUCACUUGAUGGCCAGCAUGUUGGCAUCUCAGUCUCCCAAGUUUGUUCUAGUCUCAUCAGAGGACGAUCCCUAUGGGCAGAAAGUGUGUGUUUUGUGUGUGGAGGGCACGCAACAGCAUUUCACUUCACUUUCUGUCCUCUCUCCGGGUACUAGUCUGAGCGACAGCAGCUGACGCUUCCAUCCACUGGCAUAGCUGCAUGCUGCUGUCUGAACUGAGAGCUCCCAAUGGAGCUGGAUGUUGGGGACCAAUAGCCAGAUAACCCAUCGGUAUCUAGCUAUGCAGGUUCUAUGUGCAGGUGGCUGUUUGUAGUAAUAGUGCCUAAGAUGUUGAGCUGGUGAGUGCUCAGUUCUUGGGCUUCUAGUCCCUUUUCAGUGACCAAGGUUGCAGUGUGUGAGAGCUCACCAAGAUGUCUGAAGCUCUUCUCCUAACCCCACUUACAGAACGCUCUCUGGAAGCCCGACUCGAUGCUUCCAUCCACCUGAGACUUUCCCUUUGGCCUAAUUCUGGCAGUUCCCAUCUUCUCUUGCAAAGAUCUCGCAUCUAUACCAAGCCUUAGGAUCUCCCGUUUUUGGCCAAGAGCAUCAUGUUCGAAUGGCGACACAGCACAAGUGCUGGCUCUUUCUUCCCAAGUCCCCGGCGCUUUUUAGCCCGAGUGCUCUUCCACUCCUCUAGCAAUUCCAAAGGCAGCAUUAAGAGGAAUGUAGUGAAUCUAUAUACACGCACGCUCCUGCUCUAGAUGCUCUUGUCAGCUCACAUGGCCUCAUGGGCUCUGCUUUACAUUGGCCUUCCUAAGCCUGUCUGUGAUGUGAUUUGCCUUGCUGAUGCUGUUCCUGACUUAAAGCAGCACUGAAGACAACCCAAGUCCACCCCUGCCUCUGGCAGUCUUUGUAAUCUACUUUCACUACUGCAGAUUCUUACUUUUACUGCAGAUCUCUCAGCGCAAUAUGGUCAAGGCAACCAGACUGCGUGUGGUAUGUAGCGUUUUGGUGAAGCUAAAAUAUAGGUCCCUACUGCACCUUGAAACUUGGCGGCAUGUUCACUUACCUCUUCUACACUACACCUAGGGCUACAGCUGCGCAUUCCCCCUCUCCCAGUGACUUCUGUGGGAGUUGGAUCAUGCUAAGAACAUCAAGGACCAAGCCCUGAGUAAUGAGCCCAUUUCAUCCUCUCCAUCAUAGACCAAUAGUCUGAUCUGUUAAUUCUUUGAUGGUCUCCCUGCAUCUCCUUCUGAUUCCUCAAAAUAAAGUGGAGCAACAAUGAUUCUCCACUUGAGAACUGUAGUCUCAUCUGAGUUGCAGAAAUUGGAGACUUGUAUUCUUUAUUAGCACUGUACUUUCCAGUGAGCUUGAAAUGUGACUAGAAAUACCCAGUAUUGCUGGGGGGUUUCCAACCAUAAAAAUAGUACUUGUAUGUGAGGGGAAAGGGUUAAGAUGAGCCAUUUAAUCUGCCUAAUAAAUUCUGCAGUUUUGAGCAAAGGGGAUUCUUGGGCAGAAAAGAUAUUGGUUUCUGAUUUUUGUAUUACAAAAAAAUCAUUCUGGACACUGAACUUCUGACUGAUAUGAAUGUCUUUAGGCUAGUUAUAAUCUUGAUCUUUGGAGGAAAAAUAGUCUUUAUUUUUUUUUUUUUUUUUUAAAAAAAAAAGGACCUGAAGUACUCCAAAACUAGCUGCAUCCUGCAGAGAAACUGUUCCUGUAUAGUAAAAUAAGUGUGGUUGAAACAUUAUUUUAUAUUAAACAGCUUCAGCUACAUUUUCCUUUCCCUCCUAUUGCUGCUAACUUCCUUUGUUUGGUUCUCCUGAUUGUCAGGAGAAACCCUCCUUUUCCUUACAACUGUCAAUAAAACAGGAUCUCUUCCCAACUUCCAAGCCUUAUUUGCAGCCCUGGUGGGUGAGAUGUUUGGAGCAGUUUUGUGUAUUGGCUUAAGCGUUUAAAAGCGAACAGCAAAGCAAAGCUUUACCAACCAACCGAGUCAGUGAAGUGUGUCUGCACAGGCUUAAAUAGAAGUCUAGUGUUUUAUAAUCACAGGUCAGUAGUUGUUCCCUGGACAGUGAAAAUGCCAGGCUUCGGUUCCCCUGUGGUAAUUGACAGCUUCACUGUGCUGCCUGAAACAGGUGAUCCUGUUCUGGGACAAACACAGACUCUGGAACUCUUCCCCCCCCCCCCCCCCCCCCCCCCCAAAAGCCUGUUUUGCUUUUUCAAUCGUGCCUCAUUAAAGCCAUGCAGUUCCCCACUGAGCUUCAUGAUUGUUUGCAGCUUUUCUGGUACAGCUGGAGGAUUUGAGUAAUAAAAGCAGUCAUUGUCUCUAAGCAAUAUGAACUUUGUCACAUUAGAAAAUAGCCUGGUACCAAACGCUGUGAACAGCCGGAGCAGGGCCUGAUAAAGGGGUAGUGGCACUGUACAAAGGGAGGAUACAUUCCUGUCACAUCUCUGUAAAGAACAGAUUCCAAGCACUGCUCUUGCUCUUCCCAGGGAGGUGGGCUAGUUUCAGGAGCUACGUAAUGCUGGCAGGCCAGUCAGGGCAGAUGGACUAGUUAAUUCAGUCUCCAGUAAACUUCAGUUGGUUGGUACUGUUUCUACAUGUUAGGUGUGAAUAACCCACUAACUCCUGGGUUUUGCCACUGCUUAAAGAAACAGGAUUUUAAGUGUUGCAUCCUGUUUCUCUCUUCCUUCCGUCCCCCGCCCAUGAUGCAGAGUUCCCCCAGCUACUGGCUUGAGUGGGAGUUAGGGCUCCGCCCCUCUGAAGCAAGCCCCUAUUGUGUAAAACAGGUCCAGUGUUGAAGUCCUUGGCUUUUCCUCUGGCAAAAAGGAAUGAGUAAUGACUGCAGGGUUUAGUCUCCUGUGUAACUAAAAUAACCCUUCCAAGUCCUCAUCAUGUGACCCUAUGCCAAAGACUUUCUCAGAGCACUGCUGUGACUCUGUGUUACAGCUACUCGGAAUGGAGGUCUCCUGGGGAAAUACUGAUGUGACAGCAUCUCUCAUUAUCUUUUUAGAUUCCAAGUGUGUUGUUUCAAAUCCUGUAAGUGGUUCCCUUGGUGCCAGGCUGACUAGCACUUAUUGUCCUGCUCCAAGCAGGCUCUGCCUCUACUUGCUUCUCUGAGCAGAAACAGUCUAGUACCAGAGCACGGGGCCAAUGUGUAUUCAGCUAUGAGGGGACUGCUACACAACACCAAACGCUCUUCGUUGCUGUGUCAGAUAGUCCAGGCCUAGAACAAUGGAGGAUGCAGGAGUCGUGCUGCUCCUCCCAUGUUUACAGAGUGUGCUGGCCAUAGAUCUGUUGCUAUAAAAUGUCUUGAGUUCUCAUCCCACAACACUAACUCAAUUGCAUGCUUCCCUUGCUCUGGCUUUUCUCCAUUUAUUGCCACUUUAACAUGGUGGGUGAUGGGGGAACUGUUGCUGUGAUUUUUUUUAAUCAAAUCUGAUGCUUUUUAAUCCUCCUCUGCAUUAUCUCCCCCCCCCAUCCCUGUCCCCCUUUAAUCAAGUGCCAUCGGCAGCCAGUUCUAGACACUAGUAGACCCAAGGGCAAUGUUCUUGUGCUCUUCGGAAUGGAUGCAAAGUCCAAUGUGAAGCUACCCUAACUGUAGGGGAUGAACGGGGGAAAAGUCAGCUGUGUAAGUGCAGUUUCUUUCUUUGGUGUUGAGGAAUGAACUAGUACCGUCUUUCCAGCCAGGGAGCAUUUGGCCAGUCUCUGCGUUUGCCUGACAUUGUCAGUACCCCCCAGUCCUGUUCAUGUGUUUAAUGUGGGAGUCUGAUAUGCAUGCAGCAACGGGUGGUCACCCCUUCUGUCACCAUCCUGUGGUGUGAAGCUGUGCGAGGGCAAAGGGCUGACCAAGAGAUGUACUUGCCUGUAUUUAUGGACCUUGUCAGUGUUUUGCAAUUUUGUUUUUUUUAAAGAUCCAAUAAAAAAACCUCUCUCCAAAUCA